GAAGUCAUGUCACCCUUAUAGGAGAGAUGGUGCUAACCUAAGUUAACCUGGUUUUAGUUCAUUUUUAUGGCAUAUUAUGAGAAAAAAGCUACUAAAGCUCUUUGAGGAGAGAUGGAAAUCAUACAGACACAGAUUCGUCCCCUGGAUGGUUUUAAAUCUUCGUAGAAAUGAAAGAACUCUUCGCCGUGUGCAUGAUCGCGCCAAAGACAAAACCAUAGAAGAUGCAGAUGUGCUGGGGACCCUCACGAGCCUUUUCACCGCACUGCUGAGGAAUGACUGGAGAAAACAGACGGAGCAGCUUCGCCUGCUCCCAGCCGUCUCCCAGGAGAAGUACCUGGGGACACAAAAUGACUUGUUAGGGAUGCCAAAAAUGGCUCCUUGUGCCACAAUGCUGCACACACUGGGCUUCUGUAUCGAGAGAAAGGCCAGCUCGCUCCCAACAGCAGGAAUAGGAGUCUUCGUUACAGAAGGACAGGUGCCAAAAGGUGUAACUGUGGCAAUGUAUCCAGGCACAGUCUAUCAGGCAGACGAGCCGAUCCUCAUCCAGUCUAUUGGAAACCCGUUUGUAUUUAGAUGCAUUGAUGGUAUUUUGAUAGACGGCAAUGAUAAAGCACUCUCUAAAUUGGUGUUUCGGUCGUGCAGUGGGCGGGACAGAUUUGGUCCGUUCAGGUUGAGUGACAUCUCAUGGCUAACGCCUCACCCAGAGAACCCUCUAGCAGUGGGACAGUAUGUGAACAAUUGCUCCAAUGAAAAGGCUGCCAAUGUCUGCUAUCAGGAAUUUGAUGUCCCUGACGGUUUUCCUCUGGAGCUUCGUCAGUAUCUUCCCAAUGUUAAUUACAGGACAGACGUACAAAGACCAUUGCGCUGUGUUGUCCUUGUGUCACUAAGAGACAUUAACAAGGGUGAAGAGCUGUUCUCUAACUAUUAUACAAUUGUGCACUAGACCGAUCAUGGCACAUAAAUAGUCUUAUAAAACUUUUUUUUCUAUGGCCCAUUGGAAAUCAAUUUCUGUUGUAAUGGACUUUUAAAAACCCAUUAAAAGUAAGUGAGAGUUUGAA